AUGACUCUAACGCAUCGCGAAGCAAAAGAACAAAAAUUGGAAAUUCUAUUUCCACCACCACUUCUCCAUUCAUUUUCAAAUCCACAAGAAUCUUUCUUUUCCAAUACUUCUUAUUCUCCAUUCUCACCAAAUUUAUUGACCGAGGAUCUUGUUAGUAAAGUUAUAGAGGUUCUGAGUAGUACUUUAGAUGAGAUAAAAAAUGAGAUAUGGAAAACUUUUUUAAAUCCCAAUGAAGAUCAAAUACCAAAAGGCUUCAUUUCUGAUUUUAAUAAGUUAAUAUCCAAGACACCAUUUUCUCAAUAUCCAAAUGUCCAACGCCAACCAAUUAAAAAUUUGCAGCACCUUAUAUCAAUACUUUCAGUCGGGGUUCAUUCACCUGAAACUGAACUAAUUCAUCAAGUUUUUGACUUCUACAGCCAAAUUACAGCUUUCUUGACCGUCAUUCACAUGUUCUUUGAAGUUGUAGUUAUGGACUUUUUAUCGAAAGCAGAUAGUGAUAAAAAUUCAAGGCGUUUAGAAAUGGACCAUUUUAUGAGAAUUUUUCAUUUUAAAGACAAUUUUUUGGAUAAACAAUUUCAAUCACAAAGAAGCGAAGAUGAAGAUAAAACAAAUGAGAGUUUAGAUUCUUACACAUGGUACUAUCAUAAAAAUGUUUUCGAAAAAAAUUUUUAUCAUUUAGAUCUUUCAAGAACUUUUCAAAGCCAUUCUAUACGUUUUAACACUUUAGAAACUAUAGAGUCAAUCCUUUCUUUUUUCUACACAAGAAAUUUUUUAAAUACCACCGCUAAAGAGCAUCAAAAAGACCAUGGUCAAUUCUAUACCCCAAAAGAAGUAAUUAAAUUCAUGUGGGAUAGGGUUUUCAUCAGCAGAGAAAAUCAGACUUGGAUCGAGAAAUUAUUUGUUUUCAACAAAAUUCCUAACAACGGCAACUCCUCCACCUCUUCUGAUGCUUUUAUUCAUUAUCAAAAUUGUAAUUAUGACAAUAAAAGGAAAUCACCGCAUCAUCACAAUAUAAAUUCAUCAUCAGAAUCUUGGGAAUUUUUACCUAAUGCUCCAAUGGUUUUGGAUCCUUGUAUGGGAAUCGGUUCAUUUUUAUGUGAAUUUAUUAAUCGUGUAAUCUUGGCUGCUAAACAAACCCCUAGUAUAUGGAACAAUCCAAAUGCAAUUUCUAAUCUUCUUAAAUCUUUAGCAAAAAAUAUCUGGGGCAUAGAAAUUGAUUCAUUUGCAUUUCAUUUAUGCAAAUUAAACAUCAUCCUUCACCUAUUACCGUUAUACAAACGAUUUAAAGACAAUCCUUUUACGAAAGCCCUUAAAUUAGAUCGGUUACAUUUAUUUUGUAAUGACACUUUAAAUUUAUUUCUUCCAAAACGUGAACAUACCUGGGAAUAUGACAAUUUACGGUUGCUUCGUUCUCCACAUAAUCUCAAAUUUGAUUUCAUCGUAACAAAUCCACCAUACAUGAUCCGUAAGACAGGAUUCAUCUCUGAGCCUGAUAUUGAACUGUUUGAUGAAAGAGUUCUUGGAAAAGGCGGCAUGCAAGCAUAUGCUUAUUUCUUUUGGUUCUGUGUGGAAAGAUGUAGGGAAGAAACUGGAGAAAUAUGUUUAAUAAGUGUGUGGAGGAAAAUACAAACCGACUCUUUAAUUUUCCGAUUACGUCGUCGUAGCGAAUCAAUAAUUUCAAAUGGAUCCCCAAAUGUUGGUCUAUCAAUCACAGCCAGCAAUAAAGACGAUAAUGCUAACAAUGAUAUACUAUUUUUACGUUAUAUGAAUCGUAAAGCUAGUCUUAAAGAAACUCUUCAGGCCUAUGCAAACUUCGAUGCAAGUAAACCACAAUUUGACAAGGACAUGCAUCAUAAAAUCACUAAACCAUUCAAACUCUCACACCAAAACAAUUCAUUUUCAUUCACUUUUCUAAUGCCAACAUCAGCUGUUAGUGCCUAUCUUCACUCUAUAACCAUGAAUUUUCCUUCGCUAUGCGAUCACUCUAGCAUGAAACCUACAUGGCUGGAAUGUAAUCCAUUGAUUUGGCAUAGAGGUCCAAACACUAAUCCAGUAUAUGCACUAGUGGUUCGUACAUCGUGGGCAUAUUCUAAAUUUGGUGUAGACAUAUGCAGGGAAUGGUUAAAACCAGUGUUUUAUUGGAAUGGUAAAAAUGGUGGAAAAGAAGCUGAUUUCUGGAAAAAAAUGGGCGAUGAAUUGCGGCUUGAAAAAAAAGAAAAUUCCCCAGCAGAAGCCUAUGUUCCAUUCAUAUCUCAUAAUGCUGGUGGUGCUACAAUAUCAAAAAAUGUACUCGAACAAGAUAAAUCAAUGUAUUCAUUAAUUAUGGUUGAUAGAAACGCGAUUGAAAAAAUAAGAAGCAACCAUACUGAAGAUAGUCCCUUUUGGAUUUAUCUAAAAGAAGCACGUAAAUGUUUACAAACUACCAUGACAACACGAGAAGUUGUAUACUGUGGCACAAGUAAAUGCGGAAUUGACAUACGUACCAAAAUAAUUCAUCCAAUAAAUUAUGGAUAUUUUUCAAAAAAUCAGCCCCGCCAGAGGUUUUUUAUAGACGAGGAUAAUGUAUGCGUAACUAAUCAAUGUAUUUACUUUACUAUCAAACCAACCACAAAACUUCCACCAUACUUUUUCCUUGGAUUAUUGAAUUCGACCACCAUUCAACAUUUUCUUUCUCAUCAUUGUAAAUAUGACCAACAAGGAAGGAUGAGACUUUUUCGAGAGAACAUGGCAAAGAUCCCAUAUUCAGUACCAACAAACGAAGAAGGAAUCAAUUGGGUUAUUAAGUGUGUUCAAAAGAUGAUAAUAAUACGUCAAAAACUUUACGAAGGAAUAGGUUUGUGUGAUGAAGAAGAAAAAAUUGCGGGAACGAUUGUAGAAAAGUUGAGGAGAGGAACUUGGCAGUUGACAGGUAGAGAGUGGCAAGAAAAGGAAAGUCCAGGUAAUGGCAGUGGUAAUAAAGAUGAAACGAACGUUGUUUUAACGGAAGAGCAGGACGGUAAUUGGGUAAUGGUUAAGCAAUUCCGUGGACGUGGUGAUGGACUUGAAUACUCGUUAUGUCCGAUAGAAGUAAAAUAUCAGAUUGCAUUAGAAGAAGAAUUAAAGCUGGAGGUUUUCGAAAGCAUGGUAUCAAAAUAUCCCCGUUGGAAUACGAACGUAAUUAAUUGUAAUGAUGUUGUUGUUGAAUCAGUAAAGGGUGCGACUCCAGAUUGGUCUGAAAGAAUGUACAAUGAGGUGGAGCGAGCAAUUGAAACAAGUCAAUACCUAUUACAACAAAAAAGAGCGACUAAAAUGUUUCAAUAA